AUGUCGAUGUCAGUAAAAGGCAAAACCACACCAUCUGAGGUUGCAACGGCGCCCUCAACUUCAUCAUCAAGGUCGGUAAAUUCCGUAAAAUCUGCCCCACUUUCAAUGGAGCAAGUAAGCCAGAAGGCAAAAAAGAACAGGCCGACCAAAUCGUUGAGGGAGAGGGUGCUGGUGCGGUCAGCAUCUCGCCGGUCCUCAUUGAGUGAGGAUACACAGGAAAAAGACCUCUCAUCCCAGCUUGAGAAUGCACCAACAGAGACAGUUACUGAAAGGGUCUCGGCGUGGGUCAGCGAGGAUAAGCCACCCCAGCAAGUAGAAUCUGACGAGGAGUCUUCGGACUGUUCUUCGGUAUCGGAGGCCUUGCAGGGGAGGAAGAGCCUAAUUCACUUCACCUCAAGAAGAACCGGGGUGGAGAUGGACCUGGCUUCGAAGCAGGCUAACGACAUGCUGCUCAAAGGCAAAGAUGCACUGGAAGCGGCUGGCAACAUGAAAAGGGAAUGCAAGCAAACAGCUCUUGAGUGCUUGCAGUGCCUUUACGAAACAGUCCUGUCGCUGUCCGAUUCCAGAGCUAGACAUAAGUACAAUUUAGAAAAAGAGAGGCAGCGACACGCUCAAGAGUUAGUGAGAGUAGAGCGUGCCCACAACAAAUUAAUAACAGGGACACUCUCAAACAUUACCAACCAAAUAUCACAACUACACACACAAACCGUAAAAAACAGUGAGGAGACAAAUGCCAUACGUAGCUGGCUAGGCCACGAGACCGCGGAGCCAUACCGCCAAAUAAAACACAUCUCCCAGAGAAUGGUUCACCUAGAGAAUGCGAUAGGAAAAGUGGCGUUGCAAAAAUGGGAAAAUCCUAACGAAAAGAAGGCGAAGGGUGAUCACGAGCUGACAGAUAAUAACCAGGCUAGGAUCACGACUCAGCUGGACCAGUUGUCAAAGCAGCUGGACGAGCUCAGAAGAGGCCUAGACAGGAUAGCAAACGACACCGGCCGCAUUCUCAAGGAUGAAACUAAAACACGGAACAGCGAGGUGCUGGAGAUCCACAGAGCAGAGACUGGAAAGGGUCUGACUGAAGUUAAAGAAGCCAUAGAGAAAGCCGAGAGCAAAAUUUGCCAAACCAUUGCAAAGGCUCCAGUGGCUUCAGCGACGUCACCAGCGGUACAGGGAGAAAACCUAGAAAGGCACCUACAGCCAAUAACGGAAAGGCUGGAGGCGGUAUCAUCGGAGCUCCGAACAAUGAGGGAAACAAGGAGCAAAACCCCUCCCCCAAUGACCAGCCUAGGGGCAGAACUAGCCUUAGCGGAGCUAGCAAAGGCGACGGCCCCGGCACAGCCAACGUAUGCGCAGAUGGCCCGCAAACCAAGGAUCCCCCAGCCUAACCACACCCUAAUUGUAUCAUCCACAGACCCGCAGAAGUCGGGAGAAAAUGUCAUCGACACAAUUAGGGAAGCACUGGAUUGCAGGAACUCCGGUGCUAGGGUUGACAGGAUCCGCAAAGGCCGAAACCAAAAAGUCAUCCUGAGCUGCAACAGCAAAGAUGACUUAAAAUUGGUCAAAAACAAAAUACAACACGGGCAGUCCCUGAAGGUGGAAGAAGCCAAAACAAAUAACCCUCUUGCAAGGGUAAGAGACGUACUGGCCUACCAUACAGACGCGGAGAUAGUUGAGACCAUAAAAAAACAAAAUGACCACCUCUUAGUAGGGCUGAGUGCAAAAGACAUUGCAAUCCGUGUUCGAUACAGAAAGAAGGCAAGGAAUGCACUUGAAUGUCACCCAGUCCUGGAACUAUCUCCUGAAGUCCACAAAAGGUUUCUGGAAGCGGGCAAAAUAUACGUGGGUCUACAGAGAAGACCAAUAGUGGACCAGUCCCCGCUGCAAGGUCCAGAAUUACAUAUUGCUAAAGGCGCUUCGAGCAUUAAAAUAAUCCAGGCCAACCUUCAGAGGUCCAAACUGGCAACAUCGGAACUGCUAGAAACGGCGCACAAGAGAGGGGUGCUGAUAGCACUAAUCCAGGAACCCUAUGUGGGGAAAACAGGGCUGUUAAAGCAACACCCUGGCACACAAGUAAUCCAGUGCACUCUUAAUCGCCAAAAACCAGUAAAAGCGGCCAUUAUAGUCUUCGGUGAUAAGCUGGAGGUCAUUCAUGACCCACAGAUCGUGACCGAAACUGAAGCGGCUGUUUUGCUGAAAGCAGGUCCUAUGAGGCUGGGGUUGAUCUCUGUCUAUUAUGAGGGGGAUCAGGAAAUUGAACCGUACAUGGCGCGAACACAAUCGGUGUGCCAACGGCUUAAAACUGGGAACCUCAUAAUAGGUGGCGACGUUAACGCCAAGAGCCACUGGUGGGGAUGGAGCUCCGAGGACGAGAGAGGAGCGGACUAUGUGGCUUUUCUAAACGACAUGGACUUCCAUAUAAUAAAUACUGGAGAUACCCCAACUUUUGAAGUCUACAGGCGAGGAAAGCUGUGCUCUAGCAUAGUCGACGUCACAGCCUGCAGCCUACCCCUGCUUGGAAAAAUAGAGAACUGGAGAGUGGAUCGAAGCAUAACAUCCGCGGACCAUAACGGCGUCACCUUCACUCUGCGUUUGGAAUCGGAAUUGAAACCGCUCAAACCGAUAACCACCCGCAGAUACAACACCAGGAAGGCGGCGUGGUCCGAAUUUGCAACACACUUCAGGAAUUCUAUACUGGAAAAGAACAUUACCCCCCAAGCAGUGGAAGACUCUAAAUCUCCGGAAGAAUUGGAAGCUAUAGUCUCAGCCUACGUCACUGCCAUCCAAGAAGCUUGUGACCAUGCUAUUCCUGUCAUGGGCUCAUGGAAAGGUAGUCCUACACCACCAUGGUGGUCUGGAAAGCUAAAUCAGCUAAAAGCCCAAACUCUAAGAGCAAAACGGAAGAUAAGAAAUGCAGCACCAAGUAGACGAGACAGGGUAAUAGAAGAAUACAUAAAAAUAAAAGAAAAAUACGCAGAAGAGGCAAACAAAGCUCAGACUGAGAGCUGGAAAGAGUUUUGCACGACACAGAAAAAAGAGAGCAUGUGGGACGGGGUGUAUCGGGUGAUAAGGAAAACGACAAGAAGACCAGAGGACAUGUUGCUGAGAAACGCCGAAGGCAACACCCUCAGUCCAGAAGAGUCGGCUGAACUUCUUGCCAAGACCUUUUACCCCGAUGACAAGGAGACUACAGACAAACCGUACCACAGACAGCUCAGGGAGUGGAUGGCGAAUAAUCACAAAACUUUACUGCGAAGUCUGCCCGAGGACGAUCCAUCAUUCACACUGGCCGAAUUGGAAUCUGUGCUUAAGGCAAUGAAUCCAAAGAAGGCUCCAGGACCGGACGGAUUAACAGCGGAUAUAUGCACGAGGGCCAUUGCCUGCAACAGGGAACUAUUCAUGUCAAUAGCAAACAAGUGUCUAUCACUGCAAUACUUCCCUGGGCAAUGGAAAGUGGCCCACGUUAUCAUACUCCGAAAACCAGGAAAGGAGGAUUAUACCCAUCCCAAAUCCUACAGACCAAUCGGCCUACUAUCAAUUCUAGGCAAAAUUGUCGAGAAGUUGAUGAUAGGCCGACUGCAGUGGCAUACUCUACCAGCCAUCAACAGAGCACAGUACGGCUUCAUGCCGCAGCGUGGAACCGAGGACUCCCUCUAUGACCUAGUGAACCACAUCAAGUCAGAAGUCGGUAACAAGAAGAUUGUUCUGCUGAUAUCACUUGACAUAGAGGGAGCUUUCGACAAUGCGUGGUGGCCGGCGCUCAAAAACAAACUAAUAGAGAUGAAAUGCCCAAGGAACCUAUACGCCAUGGUUUGUUCUUAUCUCACUGACCGGAAGAUCAGGGUCAACUACGCCAGAGCAGCUGCUGAGAGAAAAACGACGAAAGGAUGCGUCCAAGGAUCCAUCGGCGGGCCAACCUUUUGGAAUUUAAUCCUAGACUCUCUGCUCAACAAGUUAACUGGCGAAGGAGUGUACAGCCAAGCGUUCGCCGACGAUGUGGUCCUAGUUUUCUCAGGACAUGAAAUGGCUGUAAUAGAAGAGACAGCUAACAACACUCUAGCAGGAGUAGUGAGGUGGGGAAAGCGUAACAAGUUACACUUCGCCGCACAUAAAACCAAUGCGAUGAUCAUUACAAGGAAACUUAAGUACGAUCUCCCAAUUCUCCACAUGUCCCAAAACAGGCUACAACUCGUCAAAGAAAUCAAGCUUCUAGGACUCAUCAUAGACCACAAGUUAACCUUCGAACCGCAUGUCAAAGCUAUCAGGAAGAAAACGGCAGAAAUAUAUAAACAACUUGCAUGCGCUGCGAGAGUGACUUGGGGCCUAAACAGUGAAAUAACAAGGACUAUUUACGUAGCGGUGAUCGAGCCUAUAGUGUUGUACGCUGCAAGCGUAUGGUACCCGGCAACGGAGCUACAAAUGAUACGCGAUCUACUGAAUGGACUCCAAAGGGGAUACGCACAAAAGAUUUGCAGAGCGUACCGUACGGUCUCACUAACAUCUGCGUUGGUUCUGUCGGGGCUACUUCCACUCGACAUCAGAGUUCAAGAGGCAGCACAACUCUAUUUGGCGAAAAAAGGCAAGUCAAAAGACUUUUUACCGCCAGGCAGGGAAAUGGAACAAUGGGUCCAUUACCUCGACCAGCCCCACCCAUCAACGCUCACCGAAACAAACUACGAGAUCCUUGAAACCCUGGACGAAGAAACAAUCAACUCUCAUCAUGUAACAGGCCCUAUCAUCUACACGGACGGAAGCAAGAUAGACGGCAAAGUAGGCGCUGCCCUAACAUGGUGGGAGAAUGGAGCAGAAACUAAGUUUCAGCAAUUCAAAUUGGAUCCAGCCUGCACCGUUUUCCAAGCAGAACUAUACGCGCUGCAUAAAGCAGUUCUACUUGCAAAACGGAGCGAUGCCCCUCAAGUAAACAUCAUGAGUGACUCGAGAUCAUCCCUCGAGCUGCUCGAAAAUCCAAAAACCAAACACCAAAUAGCCCGUAUAAUCAAAGAUAACAUUAUCAAAAUUGUAAAGGCCAAUAGAAAACUCCGACUAUUCUGGAUCAGAGCUCAUAUCGGCACCCCCGGAAACGAAAGAGCGGACGAACUGGCAAAGAUUGCUGCAGCAAACACCAAUACCUCCCCCCACUAUACGAAAAUUCCCCUAUCCUAUGUAAAAAGGAAGAUACGGGAGGAAUCUGUACGUAAGUGGCAGGAUAGGUAUCUCACCUCCGAAACAGGGCAGAUCACCAAAAUUUUCUUCCCUGACGUAGGCAUGGCUUACGCCUUGGUAAGGAAGAUUGGGGUGAACUAUCUGCUCUGCCAAGCAUUUACAGGUCACGGAGGAUUUGCACAAUACCUGUGCCGGUUCAAACUCAAAGACAGCCCAGGAUGCGAAUGCGACAAUGAUAUCGAAGAAACGAUUGAGCAUGUCAUACUGGACUGUCCACGUUUCGGGGCGGCACGGAUGAGAGCCGAGACCCGAAUGGACACUGUUUUCACACUACACAACCUACACACUCUACUGGCAGACCCCAGGAAGCGAGAUCACCUCAUAAGUUACCUCGAGGAAGUCACCCGAAUCACUACCAGAAGGAACAGAACUCUGACAGCAACACAACUCGGAGAUCAGGAUUCAAACAAAACAGCACAAGACUCAAACAAUACUCCCCGAGUUGAGGUUCGCAAAUUGCCGAUCACUCAACUACUCAACCUAGGGAGUAAAGGCGAACCCGGUAUUAGAAUUCGAGGAGUAGCUCUCUAUAUGGACGACAAUGCUGAAAGUCUGGGGAUAAGCUUCUGCAACGCAGAUGCGAGUGGCAGAGUGGUAAUAUCUCCAGGUUUAGCAGCUCUACUCAACGGUAGUACUUCUAAGAACACCAUGAAGCGUAGCAGGUACAGAGAAAUGCCUGAGACGUCUGUGGCCGGUGUGCCCUGCAAGGUAGUGCGAGCGAAGAACAAAGUGAUCGUACUAUUCAGAUGGGAUUACCCAGAUACCCCAUUUGCUCGGGCAGGCAUGAUGCUCAAAGAAGUCAGUCAAGUAGAAACAGCAACUCCAAAAUGCAUCAGUGUGGAUGCUAUGGUAGUAGGCUACACAAAGGGCACGAUAGAAGACUACGUAGGGUGUCUAGAUGCUUCCAAAAGACACGAGGUAGUCAUCUAUGAAAAUCGGGGUGAAGACCUCAGCUUUCUUAAAACAAGAAAGCCUAAACCAAUGGAGGCCCCGCCAGCCCAAUUCGUAGCUCCAGAGGCACCUAGCGGAUCGGAGAAGCUGCAACAAAAGAGAGCUCAUAAAGAAGACAAUACCAAGACUCCCUCGACCGGAUCACUGAAGAGUUCGCUCAAGCUAGCGGUAAAUAAGCUGGCACGGGCCACCCAGAGAAUCUCCGGGGACAUAACAACAAUCAGAGUCGAAAAAGCCAUACAAACCUUCACAACAAAUAAACAACAACAAACCACAAAGCCCGCCAUAACAGAAACACCUCGCUCCUCUCGUACAAGAGCAGACAAGGGAGAGAUAGUCCCCCCUGCACUCAGGAACCCCCGCGGUCCCCUGGAUCAUAUCAUAAAUGCCUUCGUAGAGUUCCUGGCCAUCACCAAGGCGGACCAGACAGUUGCCCAAAACACUUGCCAACAAAUCCUGCAAGCUUGGGAGAUGGAUAACACUGGCCUGCUAAAGGUGCGACUAGAGGCAGCCGAGGCAUCGUUGUAUGAUAAUAACACCCAGAAGAACAUCUUGGGAAUAGAAUCCGGGGACCAUAUGAAGGCCUAUAGUGCUACAUACGGGUUAGUUGACCGUAUUGAGGAAGAGUCCCGAAUGUCAGGAUCACCACCACCACAGAAGUUUAAAGUACCGCAGGACGAUCCCGUAGUGGUAAUAGCCAGAUGCACCAGGAUCAUGCUCAACGAGAAGAUCCAGGAAAGGGCUAAAACCAUCGCUGGGAAUAACGAUGAGUUACUGGAACUCUGGGACGUACCCAUAUUCACUUGGGUAAAUGGAGUUCCAGGCUGCGGAAAAACGACAUGGAUCGUAAACAACUUUGAUCCAGUGAGUGAUGUGGUCACAACAACGACCACGGAAGCCGCAAAGGACCUAAGGGAGAGGCUCACGCCCAAAGUAGGAAAGGACGCCAAGAUAAAAGUAAGGACGAUGGCAUCGAUUCUGGCCAAUGGCCUGUCUGAGCCCACAAGAUCUAAGUGCAAGCGGCUCAUAGUUGACGAGGCUCUAAUGAACCACUUCGGUGCCAUCAUCAUGGCGACCAAACUGGUGGGAGCAGAUGAGACCCUCCUUAUAGGGGACAAAAAUCAGCUGCCGUACAUUGACAGGAACAAUCUUUUCCAAAUCCGCUACAACCGUCCAAAUACAGUAGCGCGGGUAAACAAGGAGUUGUUGUGUACACACAGAAACCCCAUGGAUGUAGCAUAUGCCUUAAGCGAAGUGUAUGAAGGCAUAUACUCGUCCAAAUCUCGAGCGAAAUCCCUGGAGCUGAGGAAUUACACAGGCUCGCGAAUCCCAAAGGAUACAGACAACACCUUGUAUCUGACUCACACCCAAGGCGAAAAGGAAACCCUGAAAGCGGAAGGGUAUGGGUCCGGUAAGGAUUCGCGAGUGAAUACAAUCCACGAGGCACAGGGAGCGACGUUCGAGGAAGUGAUAAUUGUCAGAACAACUUCUAAAAAGAUUGAGCUUCACGACAGCGUGUCCCACGCCGUGGUAGCAGUGUCGCGUCACACGAGCAGCUGUACUUAUUACUCGGAUGACAAGAGUGACGCCAUAGCCUACUUCAUCUCCAAGGCAAUGUCUGCAACCACCGCCGAGAUCAGGGAACAUAAUAUAAAAAUGGCAAUAAAAAACGGUGAUGAGACGGUCUUAUCCGCAAACCUCACUCAAAAACACAUGUGAUUGGUGUAAAUAAAAGCUUGUAUAUAAAUGUAAGAAAAGUAUGUAAUUAAAACAAAAAAAAAAAAAAAUAAAAAAAUAAAAA